AUGAUGACUCGCUUGCGCAAAUCCCUGGCUGGUCCAGGGUACGUGAUCCUGAACGUCAUUCGCGUUCUCAAUAUUAUCACUUUCAUGGACCUUGUAGCUGCUUGUGCAGUCCUACUGGCCAAAAUCAACAUGCUGAACAGCUUCUUUUUCUUCGAGGCUGUGACCCAUGCCGUGGUUGCUCUGGUCAGCCUCUUCAUGAUCAUCUCGGAGCUGCCAGUACUCCAGGAUUAUUUCGACAACCAUUGGCCGAUGUUCGGACAAGAGUCUAGCUUCUACUCUCUCGGCGGGAUCAUGAUGAUCCUCGGUGUAGCGACACUGGGCAACCUGAACACCAAGGCCAUGACCCAGAAAACUAUCGGACUGACUUUCUGGCGAAUUAUCAUCUCCGCUGGCGUGCUGGCAAUGAUAGUUAGCGUGGUGAAUGUUCUGGCAAGCUACAUCUUCAGCGACCCCGAGUCCGGCGUCAGUGCCCGCCAAGUGCGGGUAGAUGGCGCCGUCGCACCGCAAAAGGCAAUGAGCCGAACCAGCAGCCACCGCACCCUCCAUUUGAGCGUGAAGCGCGAGGAAACCCUGCCCACUUACACUCGCCAGAACCCCGUCACGCGUGCCACCAAACGCCUCACCGGCCGGUUCCCACUAAAGAUCUCCAAGCCCAUGAACCCGACCCUCGUAGAGGAAAAUGAUACUGCUUCCUCCAAGUACUCUCGGGACUCUGCGGAGAUCCAUCCUCCCGACCUCGCACACCACCCUGCUAUGUACUCGGGUCACAUGGUUUGA